UACAACUCUACCAUUGAGAAAGCCUUAUUCAGGAAAUCCAGAGGUUCUUGAUAAGAAGGAAUUUGGUGAGACUUUGCAGCGUUCGGUUUACAAUGAAAGUUUAACAAAUUCUGCUGCGGAGCUUGGACUACUCGAUGAGGCAUUGGAGGGCAACAUGUUCUUCCAAUUACCGUUGAACUGGCAUAUGUUAAAGAAGCCAGAAGGGAGUGAGACAACUAACAACCCGAGGGCUCUAUCAAAGGCUAGGCUUUGUAAGCUUGAUGAGUUGGGCGAGGGGUUUCUUGGCAAAAUGAUAGUGUACAAGACUGGAGCUGUCAAGAUGAGGCUCGGCGAAAGUCUUUAUGAUGUUUCUCCUGGUAUGGACUGUGUUUUUGCUCAGGGUGUUGUUGCAGUUAACACAGAAGAGAAGGCUUGCUGCGAUCUCGCUGAGCUUGAUAAGCGCGCAGUUCUAACUCUGGAUAUUGACUCUGUCUUCGCAAGUAUUCCUGAUUCAUGAUAUCUUUUUCUUCAAUUACAAAUUUUUUCUGGUCAUAUAUUUUCCAGGAACAUUUUUUUGUAAGGUUAGCACAAGAUUUAUUUGCCCAUUGCAACUCGGAUAGUUCAUUUUUUUGGAGGGUGACUCUAGGGUGCCCUCAAAGUGGAUACUAAGUUUUGGCAAUUGUGUGUGGUUUUAUUCUCAGAUCUGUAAGAAAUAAAUACAGAUAGUUGUCAUAGUUUGUGUGCCUUUUAGGUGAUUACAAUGGAAGCAAGUGUAUAUGUUAGUUAAGAUGGUCACCU